AUGUCUCGCGAAUUUCUGGACGCGUCCAUCCCGGAACUCGUUUCCAAGCUCUCCACCGAAGAGAAGGUCCUCCUCCUCUCUGCUCCCAACUGGUGGAACACCCAUGCCAUUCCUCGUUUGAACAUCCCUGGUAUUCGCAUGAGUGACGGCCCUAAUGGCGUCCGAGGCUCUUCUCACUUCGUAUCCACUCCGGCGCAAUGUAUUCCGUGUGCCACAUCCAUGGCCUCGACGUUUGACAUUGAUCUCCUUCACGAUGUUGGUGUCUUCCUCGCUGACGAAGCCAAAGUCAAGUCCUCUGUCAUAUUGCUCGCCCCUACCUGCAACAUCCAACGCAAUCCGCUCGGCGGUCGUGCGUUCGAGUCGUUCUCCGAGGACCCCCAUCUCUCAGGCACAAUGGCCGCUGCCUACGUUAACGGUCUCCAGUCGCGCGGUGUCGCCGCGACGAUAAAGCACUUCACAGGCAACGAUCAAGAACACGAACGAACUGCUGCGGACUCUGUCAUGUCUGACCGUGCUCUUCGCGAAAUCUACUUAUAUCCAAUAUCCUACCAACCGUGUUCCUCACGGAUAUAUCACUCAAGCUUCAUGCUUGCCCAGAAACUGGCAAAGCCAUGGGCAUUCAUGACCUCAUAUGGGAGGGUCAAGGGCGUCCACUGCUCCGAGAGCCCCUAUUUGCUCCAGGAGAUCCUGCGCAAAGACUGGGGCUUCGACGGCAUCGUCAUGAGCGACUGGUUCGGCACCUACUCCGUCGACCUCGCCAUCAACGCCGGCCUCGACCUCGAGAUGCCUGGCCCCCCGCGCUGGCGUACCCCGCUCCUCGUCAACCACACCCUCUCCUGCCAGAAGCUCACCACCUCCACGCUCGACGCCCGCGCGAGCGCGAUGCUCGCCUUCGUCCAGCGCCAGGCCGCGCGCAACCCCGACGUCGUCUUCGGCGACGGCGCGGAGCGCACACGCGACACCCCCGAGGGCCGCGCCUUCUGCCGCCGCCUCGCCGCCUCUGGCCUCGUCCUCCUCCGCAACGAGCGCGCCGUGCUCCCGCUCGCCCCGGCCACCGCGCCCAAGGUCGCGCUCAUCGGCCCGAACGUGAAGGACCGCGUGAUCUCGGGGGGCGGGUCCGCCGCGCUCAAGGCGAGCUACGUCGUCACCCCCUUCGCGGGCAUCACGGAGAACGCGCCGGAGGGGAUCGACUUCGCGUACGAGGUCGGCUGCUACUCGUUCAAGUACACCCCUACCUUGGAGGCGUGCCUCACUACGCCGUCUGGGGAGACCGGCUGGAUCUGCACUUUCUACAACGCGGACGGAAGCGGAGCCCCCAUCGGCGGCCCAGUCAAGGAGUAUGUCAUCCGGGACACCAAGAUCCGCCUGAACGACUUCCUGCCUGAAGGUCUGGGCGAGACAUGGAUGAUCAAACUCGUCGGCAAGCUCACGAUGGACAAGACGGCCGAGUAUGAUCUCGGGCUGACCGUCGCCGGUCGUGCAAAGCUCUACAUCGAUGGUAAGAUGCUCGUUGACAAUUGGACGAAGCAGCGUCCGGGAGAGUUCUAUUACGGCCAAGGCACCAUGGAAGAGCUCGGUGCCGUCUCUCUGGAGGCCGGAAAGCCCGUCGACAUCAUGGUCGAGUACACGAACACCAACCCGCCGGACGGCGAAGAGUCGGACCGUUCGCAGCCCGCUCUCAUGCGCGGAGUGCGCAUAGGCGGCUGCGAAAAGAUCGAGCGCGAGGCCGCCAUGGUCGCCGCCGAGAAGGCCGCCGCCGCCGCCGACGUCGCCGUCGUCGUCGUGGGACUCUCCCCCGACUGGGAGAGCGAGGGCUCCGACCGCCCGACGCUCGACAUGCCUGGCCCACAGAACGAGCUCAUCGCGCGCGUUGCGAAGGCGAACCCGAACACCGUCGUCGUCGUCCAAGCCGGCUCCGCGGUUGCAAUGCCCUGGGUCGGCAGCGUCGCCGGCAUCGUCCAGGCCUGGUACUCGGGCAACGAAGUCGGCAACGCCCUCGCCGACGUCCUCUUCGGGACCGUGAACCCGAGCGGCCGCCUCCCGCUCACCUUCCCCGCGCGCAUCCAGGACAUCCCCUCGUACCCCAACUUCCGCAGCGAGAACGGCGAGAUCCACUACCGCGAGGACCUCUUCGUCGGCUACAAGGGCUACCAGUCCAAGGGCGUCGCCCCGCUCUUCCCCUUCGGCCACGGCCUGUCCUACACGACCUUCGCGUUCGCCGACCUCGCGCUCUCCGCCGCGACGCUCCCCGGCGGCGCCGCGGACGCCUUCGUGCUCGAUGUCUCCGUCUCCGUCACGAACACGGGCGCGGUCCCCGGCGACGAGGUCGUCCAGGUGUACGUCGCGAUGCCCGACUUCGGGCUCACGACGCCGCGGCUGCAGCUGCGCGGGUUCGCCAAAGCGCGCGACGUCGCCCCUGGCCAGAGCCGGACGGUGUCGGUCAAGCUCGACAAGUAUGCGGUCUCGUGGUGGGACGUCAAGGGAGACCACUGGAAGGCGGUCCCGGGGACGUACCAGAUGCAUGUGGGCAAGAGCAGUGCGGACUUGGUGCUGUCGAAGACGUUCGUGCUGAAGAAAGGCUUCACCUGGAAGGGGUUGUAG